AUGCCAUCUCCCAGCCCCGGAUCCGGACUCAAACGCGCUCGAAGCGACACGGCGGGGAGCGGAACGACAUCUCCAAAACGGGCGAAUUCCGAGGUAGAAGUUGGACAAGACAUUGGGGAUGGCGGACAUGCAACGCCGGACCUGGGCAUCGACGAGUAUAUGAGACUGCAAGACGCGCACCAGGAGGAAGACAUCGGACUCGCGAGCAUCCCAGCGAUGGAGAACGGAGAUCACCUGACCGGGGCGGAGCAAUUUACGAUGGUGACCAAUCUAUGCAAGAUGCCGCUCGAGACCGGUGCAACCUGGUACAUUGUCUCCAUCGACUGGAUUCGCCGCUGGGAGGCUGCCACGGGCGCUACUCCUAGCAAGGAUUACGCAAACAUUACCAUAUCAUCCCUCGGUCCUGUCGAUAACUCGCCCAUCGUCCAUCCUGGUUCCCAGAGACUCCUACCGGAUUUGGAACUCAACGCCGAUUACCAGAUUGUGCCAGAUGCUGCGUGGGACAAAUUCGUUCAGUGGUACGGCCAACCCCAGAUUUCCCUUCCCCGCGAAGUGAUUACCUACUCGAACGAAACCCGUGUCGAGGUCUACCCACCAGUAUUCCGGGUCUAUCCUCUGCUUCCCUCUACCCUCGCACCAUCUCACGUAGAAAUAUCCUCACUCGACAAUUUGUCUACGCUUGCAGCCCGUGCCGCAGCCAGUAUACAACUCACCGACACCAACUAUCGAGUAUGGAACUUGCCUGCUACCACCAACGUCGACAAUGGUAUUCGUCCUACUGAUAUCGUUCGAGGCUCUCUACUCCUUAUACCCUCGGACUCAAAGGUUCGCAUCUCCGACUUUAUCAAGAUCUCCGACAUCCUCGCCGUUGAAACCCAGUACCAACCCGGAGUCUGGACUCUUGAAGCCGAGACUGUCGCUAUCCUCUCCGAUCCUACUUCUGAUGAUGAGAUAGCCCCGACGAUGCGCCUGAACCUGGAUGCGAACAAGAGCAAGACGGUCACCACCCCGAGCGCCAUGUCGACUCUGAAAAGUACGCUUACGAGCACGUUUAGAGGCAAAAGCCCGGCCCCAGCGGUACAGCGAGGGACCAUGGGUUUACAAAAUCUCGGCAAUACUUGUUUUAUGAAUUCCGCGCUCCAGUGCCUGACCCAUAUUCCCGAACUCGAGGAAUACUUCCUUUCCGGUCUUUAUAAGCAAGAGCUCAACUACGAUAACCCUCUCGGCAUGCAGGGUCAGAUUGCUAACGUCUUUGGCGCCCUUCUCCACCACCUAUAUCCAUCCCCCAACUCAUCCGCCGAGCCUGCGACGAAGAGCUAUGGGUGGGGCAACUCCACAAACUCGUAUGCGCCAAGAGAGUUCAAACAUACCUUGGGGAAAUUCGCUCCUGCGUUUUCAGGCUAUCAACAGCAUGAUACCCAAGAGUUUCUCGGGUUUUUGUUGGAUGGAUUACACGAGGACUUGAAUCGAGUGCUCAAGAAGCCAUACGUCGAGAAACCCGAAUGGCCAGAAGAAGGCGGUGACGAAAAGGCGGUCGCAAAGGAGACAUGGGAAGGGUAUAAGAAGCGAAACGAUAGCAUAAUCGUUGAUCUCUUUCAGGGUAUGUACAAGAGCACGCUUGUAUGCCCCGAAUGUAGCAAAAUCUCAAUCACAUUCGAUCCCUUUAUGUAUCUUACACUUCCUCUGCCUGUCACGAAAACAUGGCGGCACAUCAUUCACUGGGUUCCUUGGGAUACGAGAAAACGUACGCUGGCUGUCGAAAUCGAGGUUCCGAAGGACUCGAGCUAUGGAUAUCUGAAGAAGCUGUUCGCCAAAUGGUUCGGGGUCGAGGCGGAAAAUGUGAGUACUCCUGGUCUUUCUCCCGCCCGAGCUGCGUUCCUCUUCUGCUCAAUCUGUGCCGUGGAUACCUCUUUCCCAGCUCAGAUUUGUUUCUUUAUGCCUUCAUCCAAUGGUACAGUUACGAAUUCUUUAUCCCCCUCGAAGCUGCCCUAUCACACCUCGCUUUCCAAGCGCUUCUCUGGCUCGUAUAUCGCCUUUCCUUUCUGCCUCGGCGAUCCGUACGCUCUCCUUGCGGCGGAAGUAUGGUCGCAUAAGUUCUACAAGUUUUACGACGACUAUAUGAAUUUGACCGAACUCGCCGAGAAAGAUACCCUAGUCGUAUAUGAACUUCCCGUUCCCGUGAAAUCUAUCGCCAAACCUCCUCCUCAGACGUCCUCCUUUACGUUUGGCGCCAAACCAAAACCACCUCCCAAAACCGACCCGAACGCCCCAUUCCUUCUACCUGUAUUCCACAUCUCCGAGGCUCAACGCAGUACAGCGUUUGGCGUACCGUUCUUUGUGUUGUCACUUAGCGAGGACGAAGAUGGUGAAGGGGAGUUGGUUGAACAAAUACCUCCCGAGGCGGACGAGGCGGACGAAGCUGUGACGGAGAUCAGGCCAGAAGCCGACGAGAUGAAGGUCGAGGUGGUUCGGGAUGUGGAGAUGCAACCUGCCCAGGAAAUCGUGGCCAAGGAGGAAGCGUCUACGGAGCCCGCUCAGGAUGACGGAAAACUCGCGCUCCUGCUGACCCGCAAGGGGAAGAGGACUUCGAGCGACUGGGAUCGAAACAGGGCGGCAAAACCGGACCCAACUCUAUCUGACCCCGAGAGCGAGGACGGCAGCGCAGUAAUUGUCGAGAAGCUGUCCCAACCCACGCCGCUGGUCAAGCCCACCGACGCUCUUGUAUGCCAGUGGUCAUCGCCAAUGCAGACACAUUUCUUUGGCUCCGAGUCUUCGCUUUUCGACGAGUGGGAGGAGUUUGUACAUCCAGAGGUUCAGGCGGUGCGGGAUGCACAAAUCAAAUCUCGUUCCGGCAGGCGUUCCAUCGAUCUCGAAGAUUGUCUCGACGAGUUCACGAAGGAAGAGCAACUUGGCGAGGAAGACCUCUGGUAUUGUCCUAGGUGCAAAAAGCAUCAGCAAGCAACCAAGAGAUUCGAGCUCUGGUCCGUACCCGAUAUACUUGUCGUCCACCUCAAACGUUUCUCCAACGCCCGCGCCAUGCGAGAUAAGAUCGAUGCUCUCGUUGAGUUCCCGAUCUCUGGACUUGAUCUGAGUUCACGAGUUGGAGAGAGCGGUCAAUCGGAUGAAUGCGUGUAUGACUUAUUUGCGGUUGAUGAACAUAUGGGCGGUCUUGGUGGAGGUCACUAUCGGGCAUAUGCGAAGAACUUGUCCGAUGGCGAAUGGUACCACUUUGACGACAGUUAUGUCAGCAAGUCGAGCGCUGAAGACUCGGUCAAUGCUAACGCAUAUUUGUUGUUCUACCGAAGACGCUCGUCGGAUUCCAAGGCUGUGAUCGAGAAGGUUCGUGCACGAGUUGACUCGAAUCAGGAACCCGACUCCCAAAAGUCUAUUGACAUGGGAGGGCAGUCUGUCGUGCGCGUACCAGACGAAGCGGAUCCCCCACCGUUCGAACUCUCAGACCUUGAUGUUCUCGUUCCUCCAUCUGCUUACGACCUACCCGAGUCUCAGGCUUCCUAUGAUCUCCCGGGGCCAUACAGAUCCAACCCUGGCGGCUCCGACGACGACCCCACCUUCACCACGCCAUCACCAGUGACCACCGGCUCCGCUGGCGCCGAGUACGAUUCACUUGAAGAGAAAGACCAAGAUGGUGUAGAGAGGCUAGGAGGGGUCGCGGUCGAGGUUACGACCACCACGACCACGGAGAGGAAAGAGUUAUAG